AUGACAGCCUCUCUGUUUGGGGAUAUCAGCGGGACCACAGAGGAGCUUUGUCAUCGCCGAAUGGAUAAAAGGGCCCACAGAGGAACCGUGGUGGCCGGAGAACAGAUACUAUUGUCCGGGCAGGCCGAGCCAAGACACGUCAGCCCCGAUGCCUACGAUGCUGGGGAUCUACGUCCUGCCGCCACCAUGUCCAGCAAACGCGCCAAGGGAAAGACCACCAAGAAGCGCCCCCAGAGGGCCACCUCCAAUGUCUUCGCUAUGUUCGACCAGUCUCAGAUCCAGGAAUUCAAAGAGGCGUUCAACAUGAUUGACCAGAACAGAGAUGGUUUCAUCGAUAAGGAGGAUCUGCACGACAUGCUGGCCUCUUUGGGAAAGAACCCCUCUGAUGAAUACCUUGAGGGAAUGAUGAGCGAAGCUCCAGGGCCCAUUAACUUCACAAUGUUCCUCACCAUGUUUGGAGAAAGGCUCAACGGGACAGACCCCGAGGAUGUCAUCCGCAAUGCCUUUGCCUGCUUUGAUGAGGAGGGCUCUGGCGUGAUCCAUGAAGACCACCUGAGAGAGCUGCUGACCACCAUGGGCGAUCGCUUUACGGACGAGGAGGUGGACGAGCUGUUCCGAGAGGCGCCCAUCGACAAGAAGGGAAACUUCAACUACGCAGAGUUCACCCGCAUCCUCAAACACGGCGCCAAAGACAAGGACGAUGAGUAGAUGGAGAAGACUUCUACUGCCCCCCCCCCCCGCUCACUCACGCCACCACAAAUCUGUCCUCAUGUCCUCUUUAAACCUUGUAGAUUAAAGAAAAAUAAAUAGGAAUUCAGUAUCAGUUAUUUUAUGCCAUAACAGGGAAAAAGUGUCUUACAGUUAUUACCAAGCAAUGUAUGUCAAUGGUAGCAUUUUGGGUACCAAAUAAUUACUUUGCUAUAUGCUGCAUCUCAAUUUAAAAGGGGAAAAAAGAUCCUUUGGAUUAAAAUACACAAGGAUUGGCAACUCAUAGCAAUAAUUCUGCUGCCGCUCACAGUUUAUAGGAAAGUAGUCGGGCUUUGGAGAUGCAUGAAGCAGCAGUUUGUGUCUGUAUGGGCUCUUGGGUCUCAGUACAGAGAAAAAGUUUACCUCAUCAUGCCAGUUAGCUGCCACACCUGCACGAGCACUGCACACGGGCCUGGUCUCUGUCCUGUUCCCUGUCCUGUGAUGGAAAAUGAGACAUGGAUGAUAUGGUGUUUAUUUGUUUCUGACAAUCAAAAGGGCCUUCCUCUGGGUGUACUGGCUAAUGGGACCGGUCGUCUUUACUGAUACCUGGUUCUAUCUGCUGGCAGUGUGUAUUUGUUGAGGGAUUAGGUAUGUCUUUGUCGUUGAAGGAUUUCAGCCUUGGGAAUGCUAAAGCAAAUGAAAACAGUGAAGUUAUGCAUCUGGAGUGUUUAGAUGACUGAAAUAUGUCCAAUUUCCAUCACGUUUUCAGUGCAUCUCGCGGCUUAUUUUUGUAUUUGCGUAGUUGAAGUGCAUCUACUUGGAAAAUUGUUCAAAAAUAAACUGAGCGUUACUUCACAAAAUGAACACAA